AUGUCUGAUUCUCAUAUUCCAGGUCUUCUCCACAUUGUGGACCAAUAUUAUCCAUGCCCUGCGGCCCAGAACUUCCUCAAUUCCCCCCUCAGAAUCUAUCCCGGGCGACUGCCCUUACUAGCCCUUACUACUCUGGUGCCGGAUAUCACCUCGAAAACGCCCCUGGGCUUGGAUUUUCAGUUCCUCCCGUCACAAAAGUCAAAAUCGAAGUUCUCGAAGUAUUUCAACCCAUCAACCCAUCGACCCAUCGCGAUAUCACCAGCGCUUAAAGUUGCGUUGACGAAUGCAUCACGCUCGCCCUACCUCCCGUCGACUUUGGAUCUCGAAGUCUAUGACAGACACCUCGGAUCCCCGGGCCCGAAAAUUUUCAUGUAUACUGCUAUCGGGAAGGGGCCUCAGUGUAGUGCCGAUGGUGAACUUGAUAUUCAAGCAUCUGCAAAAGAAACUGAGGCAUAUCUCGCCACACUUCUUGGGUCUUAUUAUAAAAACCACCGGAUGGCUGUAGCAGAAGUGCCUGGGAUUUUGCUGGAGUACGUGGAGGGCCAAAGGCUAGACACAUUCUCUGCAGAUGCACUUUCUCCGACGCGUUGCCAAAAAUGUGUAGACGUUGUGGUGGAGCUUGGAGACAGAGGUGUAUUGAACAAGGAUGUGCGUCUGGAGAACUUCAUUGUACCAUCGAAUCCUGGGGUAUCUGGAUCACCGAAGACAUGCCGCGAAGCCGUCAUCAUUGACUUUGCGCAGGCGCGUCUAAGAUGGCAAGAUGAAGACGACGAGCAGUGGAAAAGAGUGAAAUGGUCUACAGAUGAAGAGGGUGCUGUUGGAUAUGUUCUACAGAAAAAGGGCGGCUGGGCAUACCAGCCGACCUAUCGUUACAUGCUGUUACAUGGUAUUAAUAGAAGAUUGAGUGGUUCGAAUUAUUCUCGCGAUAGUUGCAUGUCCAUUAUUUUCAAUAAGUAG